GUCUCCUGGCGCUCCGUCCCGCGAACAUUUGCGCUCUGGGAACGGCGCAGUGGUGGAAGUACACUUCAAGAGGAAAGAAGGGUGGAGGAAAAAAAACCCAAAUCCGAUUUGCACGUUUCUGCUCCACGCCGCGACGUUAUUCUCACGCGGUCUCGCGCGGGGGAGCGCGUCCGCCGGAGGAGACGUUGAGCCGAUGAGCUAGAGGGCAAAGGAAUGAAUUUCCUCUGAGGAACGAUGGCGACGGAACCGUGCACAUAGGAGCUCCAAUCUGAAAAAGACGUUUCCGACAGGCAGCAAUGGGAAAUUCAGAGAGCCAAUAUAGCAUUCAAGGCCCCAAAGGCACCAGCUUUGUCUUCCCAGGGAGACCGAAGCCAUGCUCACUAAAGCUGCAGUCGGCCAGAGAUGAUGCUCUGUCGCCCCAUACCUGGUGGAAAACUGCCCCAUUGGGCUCAGGCUACAAGGCCAGGUGUGUCGCUCGCGGCUGUCUGUCCCCUCCCAAGAGCAGGCCGCCCUACUCCCCGAGGCACGGUGACUACGUCUCUAAGGGGAUAAGGGGCAGCCCAGGUGAGCAUCGCUGGCGUCGGUCGCCUGGAUGCGGUUUACGAAGGCGGCAUACGUCGGAUCAGUACGAAGACAACCCAUACGGGGCCGAUAUUACUGGGGGUACUCUGAAUGCACACACAGAUGAACACAAAGCUUUAGAGGAACAGAGCAGCCCGCGGGUGGUGAUCAAGAAGGACGGCAGUCUCAGGGUGGAGUUCACCAACACCUCGGGCAAUCCCGUCCUCCUGGACGAGGCUUCUGGGCCCGUACAACUCCUCAAGUUCUCCCCCAACCUGGAGUCCGCAUCCACUCCCAGUCUGCCUGGCUCCAGUGGCAGUAGGCAGGACGGCCACCACGGCGGCCCGCCUCCCGCUUCGACCUCCUCCACGGCCAGGACCAGCAAAGGAAGCUCAUUGAGCUCCGAUGGCUCUUGGUAUGACUCCCCCUGGGGGCCCGGCACAGAGCUGUGCGAGCAGGAACAACCCUGCUCAGCAAGCAGGACACUGGUCCACUCCCCCAUGCAUCCGCUUGAGCAGACCCCACCAGUGUCCAUCACGGACCUCUAUAAGGACUCCACGAUGGCUGCCACGUUCCCCACUGCCAGGGACCUUUCCUCCCACUUGCAUCAGCCUGCCCAAGGCCAGAGGCCACACAGAGCCUCUUUUGCAUCUGUCCUGGAUGUCCCGUUGGAGGAAGAGUCCGCUGAGGCCUGCCAGUACUCAUCGUACACACUGCCCUGUCGCAGGCCCAAAGCCCACACCAUGAGCGAGGAUCUGGACCAGUAUCCUGACCAGGAGCUGGCUGACCCCGGUUACGGCUUCCAUAAAAAAGACUCCAUCAAAAACCGCAUGAGGCGCUUCAGUGACUGGACAGGAAGCCUCAGCCGCAAGAAGAGGAAGUCUCAGGAGUGCAGGUACAAGGACCUGGGCGACGCCUUCGAUAGCGGGGUCGAUGGCCUGACCGCAGACACCAGCUCCCCCUCUCAGGUCUCCAGCCUCCUCUGGUUCCCCGGAGCCUCCAGGGCCCAAUCAUCAGGAGCCAUCCACCAAACGACCAGCGACGCCCUCCGCCAGAACAUCUACGAGAACUUCAUGAGGGAGCUCGAGACCGACGCGGGAAAGGGCGGAGGGGGAGGCGGCGAGAGAAGAGACCCGUCCACGGGCACCGAGGAGGGGGAGAGCAGCAACGAGUCGGCCGAGGGCUCCCUGGAGCAGUUGGACCUGCUGUUUGAAAAGGAGCAGGGGGUGGUCAGACGGGCCGGCUGGCUGUCCUUCAAACCCCUGGUCACCCUGCACAAGGACAAGAAGCUGGAGCUGGUGACCCGCCGCAAGUGGAAGCAGUACUGGGUGACCCUGAAAGGAUGUACAUUGCUGUUCUACCAGACCUACGGGAAAGGCUCUCUGGAGCAGGAGAUGUCCCCUCGCUACGCUCUGCUAGCCGAGGACGGCAUCGUCCAGGCCGUUCCGGAGCACCCCAAAAAGGAGAACGUUUUCUGCCUCAGCAACUCGUAUGGAGACGUCUACCUCUUUCAGGCCAGCAACCAGACCGACAUGGAGAACUGGGUGACGGCCAUUCAUUCUGCCAGCGCCUCGCUGCUGGCCAAGCGCCAGGGGAAGGAGGAUACGGUGCGCCUGCUCCGGAGCCAGGUCCGGAGUCUCCUGCAAAAGAUCGACAUGGACGGAAAGAUGAAGAAGAUGGCCGAGCUGCAGCUGACGGUGGUCAGCGACCCCAAGAACCGCAAGGCCAUUGAGAACCAGAUCCAGCAGUGGGAGCAGAAUCUGGAGAAGUUUAACAUGGAUCUGUUCAGGAUGCGCUGCUACCUGGCCAGUCUACAGGGGGGAGAGCUGCCUAACCCGAAGAGCCUGCUGGCAACGGCCAGCCGACCAACCAAAGCCACCCUGGGACGUCUGGGGAUCUUCUCUGUCUCUUCCUUCCACGCGCUGAUUUGCUCCAGAGACGAGGCCACACUCAGAAGGCGCUCGCUGUCCCUGACGCACCGACGGCGCAAGAAAGGCCUUUUCUCGUCUCUCAAAGGCCUCGACAACCUUACGAAGAGGGGCCGGGAUAAAAGGCCCUCCGCCUCACAGAUCUUUGAGAGCGACGCCGGAGGUCAAACGUACGGCCUCCCCCCCCGGAGCACGGAGAGGCUGGACAUGCUGACCAGCAUCUACUCCAUGUCGCCCCCUGAGGGCAGUUUGUGGGACGGCAUCAGCGGCGCCUCGGACGCGCUGACGUGUGUCUACAUGCCAGACGGCCUGACGGUCCAAGUUCCUGUCAGAAGAGACCAGACGGCCGCCGACCUUCUCUCUGCAUCUUGCAAGGUGAAACAGCUGGACGCGGGCCUGCACUGCCUCAGACUGCACAGGCGAGCGGGGCAGGGCGUGGAGGUCCGAUACCUGGCUCCUGGAGAGCUCCUCGGCGACGUGGUCAAUGAUCAGUUGGAGGUGGUCCCGGUUAAUGUUUUUAAUCUGCACAUGAGAAGGCCGAGCGACGCAGGAGACUUUGGCUUCGCAGUAACGGGACACAUUGACAGCCAGAAAAACAGCAGGAUCUUUGUCAGCGAAGUGCUUCCCGACGACCUGGCGUUCAACGAAGGCCUGCGUCCGGGCGACGAGAUCCUGGUGCUGAACGGCAGGUGUGUGUCGGGCCUCGACUUGGCUCUGAUCCAGACGCUCUUCGCCGAACAAGACCUGCACCUCAGCCUGAGGAGGGACGGGCCGCUGCCGUCGCCGCCGCCGCCGGUGACCUGCGACCCCCGGGCCCCUCCCCUCAAACCCAACCAGGAGGUCCGCGGCAAGCACCACCGCGCCAAGUCCUCUUCAGAUGUGGGCAAUGCAGCUGAUGGUUCUGGUUCCCCGGGUGUAGGACUGGAGGACAGCUCCUCCCUCUGCACGCUCAGGCCCGUUCAGCACAGCAAGAGCGCGGAGACCGUGUGCACCCUCUACCAGUCCUUCCAGGAGGGGGCGGGCUCUGGCUCUGGCGGUUUGAUGGACGACACCAAGGAGCCUCCGGCGAGGCAGGGAGUGGACACGGGGACGGGGACCAUGCGAGAGGCCACCCUGCUCAGGCCGUGCCCCGGGCACAUGAGCGCCACUGAGAGGUUACGCAAGGUCAUCCAGGAGCUGGUGGACACGGAGAAAGUCCUACGUCAAGGCAGUUUGAGGAGGAGGAGACCCAUAAAUCGACCAAAUGAGAACAUCCCCACUGAUACCAAGACGAGCUACAGCAACAUUAAAGUAGUGGGGGGAGAGGAAAUCGAGGACCUGGCCUGUUUGUUCGAGAUCUACCUGAAACCCCUGCAGAGUGAAACCUUCCUGACGCUGGACGAGAUGGAGAGUCUGUUUGGCAGCCUGCCCGAGAUGUUGGACUUCCAGAGGGUCUUUCUGCAGACGCUGGAGGAGAGGAUCGCCUCCUCGCCUGACUUCAGCACGCUGGAGACCCCCUCACAAUUCAAGAGGCUGCUGUUUUCUCUCGGGGGAUCGUUCCUCUACUACGCCGACCACUUCAAGCUGUACAGCGGCUUCUGCGCCAACCACAUCAAGGUCCAGAAGGUCCUGGAGAGAGCCAAGACGGAUCAGGCCUUCAAGGAAUUCCUGGAUGCGAGGAACCCCACCAAGCAGCACUCAUCCACCCUGGAGUCCUACCUGAUUAAACCGGUGCAGCGGGUGCUGAAGUAUCCCCUGCUGCUCAGGGAGCUGGUCUCCCUCACCGACGCCGAAAGCGAGGAGCACUACCACCUUACCCAGGCUCAGAAAGCCAUGGAGAAGGUGGCGAGCCACAUCAACGAGAUGCAGAAGAUCUACGAGGAUUACGGCUCCGUGUUUGAUCAGCUAGUUGCCGAGCAGAGCGGCCAGGAUAAAGAGGUCGCAGAGAUUUCUAUGGGGGAGUUUCUCAUGCAUUCCUCAGUGGUCUGGCUCAACCCGCAUUCAUCGCUGGGUCGCAUGAGAAAACAUCCCGAAAUGACCGUGUUUGUGUUCAAGAAAGCUGUGAUAUUGGUCUACAGGGAGAACAACAAGCUGAAGAAGAAGAUGAGCGCCCCCCGCGGAGAUUCUGACCCCUUUAAGUUCCGUUGGCUCAUACCGCUUUCGUCGCUGCAGGUCAGACUGGGAAAUACUGCAGGAACCGGCACAGAAAGCAGCUGCAUCUGGGAGCUGAUUCACUGCAGGUCGGAAGUGGAGGGCAGACCAGAGACCGUCUUCCAGCUGUGCAGCAGCGUGCUGGAGAACAAGGUCAGCGUUAUCAAGGUGGUCCGCUCCAUCCUGCGGGAGAACGUGAGGAGGAACAUGAGGGGCGAGGAGACCGUGGAGAAGAACAGCAAGGAGCAGCAACUGGUGCCCAACCGCGGCCACUUCCCCUCCGCCGUCAAGCUGGGUACCACCAGGGCCUUCUGGUUGUGUAGGCAGCCACUCGGCGACCUCGCCGCCCAGGCCGGGCAUCCCAAGCCGGGGCCGGACUCGGACGAGGGGAGCUUGAGCAGCGGGACCUGCAGUCUGUCCGGGGCUGCUCCGCCUCCGCCGCUGCACGCCUCCUCCGGGUCGCACCUCCUGCCCGUCCAGCAGAAGCCGCAGACCCGCCGCUCCCCCCCCGCCGUCAAGGAGUCCGACAUCUUGAGCGACGAGGACGACGACGGCUUUAGCGAAGGAGGGGCGAGGCGAGGCAGCGGAGACAGCGGCUCCCCGACGAGCGGCGUCGAGGCGCAGUUGCUCCGCCUCAGGCUGUCGGAGGACGCCGCGCAGGCCCCCCGCGUCCAGCCCGAGAGGCUGGGGGACACGCCGGAGACGCAGCCCAGGCUGGUGCGCGGACACUUCAGCGCCGUCAAGAGGAAAUCCGGCAGUUUAAGGAGGAGCCAGGGCGCCCUGUUGCACAUGAGACAGCACAGCAGGUCUCUGGACAGCCAGACGGACGCGGCCUCGUCGCCGGGGGUCCCGGACCUCAACGCGUUGCUGGAGAGAGAGUUCAGCGUCCAGAGUCUCACGUCGGUGGUGAAUGAAGACUGCUUCUAUGAGACGGAGGAGGCCCCAAACGCCCCGUCCUCGUAGGGGAGCGGAUGGAUGGAUGGAUGGAUGGAUGGAUGGAGCGGAGCCACAAACACCUGCUUGUUGGAGAGUCGGGUGUAAAUGAUCUGCUCUGAAGCCCAUUGGAGGUUUCUGUGUCGGUGGCAGAAAAAAUAAAAAUACAACGAAUCCACCAAGUAUCGGUGCAUUAGAGCGAUUCUCCUCGGCUCCCCGAGCUUCGCCUCCUCCCAACAAAACGCCUGAGUGAUAUUUUCCAUCCCGUUUUCCUCUGAGACUCGAGGUGAUCGAUUUCCGACCAUGAAUGGAGUGGGGGGGGACGUCCUCAAUCUGUCAGUAUCUGAAGUGAACAGUCCACACUGCCUAUAGAGUCAUGAAAAACAUCCUGAGGUUUCACAGGACGCCUCCUCGGUGUUAAAGCACAGUUUGUCAGACAGCAGCUUCUGCACAGACGUCCCGGGUUGGUAAAGUGGUCAUUUUUUAUUCAGUGUCACAGAACUAAACACUGUCGGGACGUCACUGGUUACAGGUGGAAAUGGGCAGCGUGUGCAGGUACUGCGCCAUGACGACACCCGGCCAAAGAGCUUCGGCGGUUACGUCAGUCUUCCUCAAACUAGAUGAUCUUCGCAUAAACAGAGAGGCCGACGACGACUUUCACAACCAAGAUUAUUUUUGCUGUAUUUUGUGCACUAAAGUACAAUGUUUGCCUAUAUAUUUGAAAUAUUUCUUACCUGUACAGGUUUUGAUGUUUUUAAUGCGGUUUCCUUUAAUUUAUUAGUUUGGACCAUGUACAGUCGAGCUUGGCAAACUUGUUGAGUGAAGGCUUGAACAGUAAAUACAAAAUAUGCAAUACCGCUUGACUUUUUAACUCAGCUCCAUUUUAAAUGUUGCCUACUGGAUUUUGGUGGUCUUUACCACAAAAUUGCAAUUUCUAGAAAAUGCUUUGGAAUGUACAAUUGUUUUGAGAUCUUGCUGCCUCAUUGGAUGAUUUAAACUGCAAUAAUGUUGAAACUCCAAUGCUUCUUUUUAUGUUUGUCUUGUAUACGUCAUCUUUUCUAUCACCCCCACAUGUAUGUAUUCUCACAUACGUACUAGACACUGUGCAGGUCAGACAAGAGGCAGGAAUUUGCAAUAAACACAGCUGAUAUUUUUCUAAAAUCUUUUGUUUGCCGUAUCAAGUACGUGUUAAUAAUAAUAUCACAUCCUUUACCUUCUCCACUCAACUUUACCAGGCCUUUAACGCUAGCAAACCAAUGAAUGUGAACGUCCCAUUCUAAUGGAAUUGUUUUAUAAAUAAAUAUUUUAUCUGUGGAUGACGCCUUCA